AUUGUCUGUAAAUUCCCAACGUGUGUUAGCGACUGGAUAAUAAAUUACGGUAUUUUGUAUGAUUUUGUCGAUAUUCUCAGCAAGUACUAUCAAAAUCUGUUAAAAUAAGUAUAUACAGUUUACAUUAGCGAUUAUUGUUUUGUGAAAGCGGUGAGAAUCAAGGAAAUACCGAGCAUGGAACUAAGUCCUGAAGUGAAAUCAUUUGAAGUGGAUGUUGACCUUUGUACACCAACUCAAACCUUUGACAAUCUACAUCGAAAUGUGAAUGAUAAAGAACUUACAAAUCUCACCUCAACCACCACUAAGACACCUGAGAAAGACUGCCCACAGAAGUCAUCCAAGCGAAAACUUAUAUGGCAAAAAACAGAUCAAAAGUCAGGAGAACAAAGUGAAAUAAAGAAGCAAAAACCUGAUUUCAAAUAUCCAAACAACAAAAUAAAGGAAAGCUUAAAGCAUCCUCUUACAGAGCGUCAACAACUUGCUUAUCUUCUUGCAUCAACUGUUGAAACCAUACCUCAUGAUGAUGACGAAAUGUUUACAAAGAUAAAAACACGUGGUAGACAGGGCAAUAAACAUGUCAAUCCACGUGUACUUAAACGAAAUGAACGUGGAGAGACAGCUUUACACAUUGCUGCAAUCAAAGGAGACGUUUUAAGUUUAAAAAGAUUGCUAAAAGAUGGAGCAGACAUCAGAGUCAAGGACUUUGCAGGCUGGACAGCUCUUCAUGAAGCUUCAAACCACGGAAGACUUGAAGCUGCAAAACUUUUAGUAAAACACGGUGCUGAUGUUAAUGCUUCAGGUUUUGAGGGUGAUACGCCAUUACAUGAUGCUGUUAUAAAUGAUCACGUUGAGCUUGCAAAUUUUUUGUUAUCUCGUGGAGCUCGUCCUCAUCAAGAAAAUGCACGUCGAAAGACAUGCGCAGAUCUCAUUCGUAGCAAAGAAAUGAAUACAUUGUUUAAGAUGUAUGAUGUUGACACUGUCUUUGAUAAUAACCACGUUGAAGUUAACGAAAAUAAAACUAAACUUUCUGCUCCCGAAAUCAAGUCACGUGGUUCAGAACGAGGUCACAAAAGAGGUUCCAUCCUUGGGAACGAUAUACAACGAAGAGAAACACAAGGUAUAUCAAAGAUGGAGAAACCCAUUAUGUACAUAUGUAAACUCGAACCCAGUAAUGAUGAAGUGACCGUGCAUACUACCAAGUUGAUGACGUCAUAUGUGAUUAAUGAACAUCGUGGAAAAAAGAGAGAUGAACUUAAUCAUGAUGCACUUACGAUGGUAAAGGCUGAAACAAAUGAAAAUGUUGAAGUAAGAAAACCUGAUGUGGAAUUGAAUUUCGGCAAAGACAACAACGGAAAAAGGUCAUGUGUUAGUAAUGUUAAACAACUAAACAUCGAAGGGAAAGAAAAUAUCGAAGGUUUAUCGAAAAAUAAACUUUCUUUUCAAGAAAAGAAUGACGAGACAUCAAAGAACAAAUUUGAGACAAAUACGGAUGAGAAAACUAAUGAAAGAUCAUUUAUUGACUUUUGUAGUCAAAAUGAUUGUGAAGAAAUGGUGUCUCAAAGUGAGGAAAAAGAUGUUGGCGUGGAUACAAAUAAUUUUGAGUCAUCAAAAAUUCCUCGAACAGGGUUAAAGUCAUCCUGUUUGGAUGAACCAAAUUUCUCAUCAGAAGUUAUGGAGGUUGUCAUAAGAAAAACACAUGAUGAUUAUCACAUUGAUGAUGAAGAUAAUGGAACUCAAUCAAUUGAACAAACUUUAAUUGAGAUGUCAGAUUUAAUUCAUUUAAAGUUAGAUAAAGUUGACGAUGGUACAAAGGUGGAUAUGAGUGAUAGACGGGACAACAAGAGAUCGGAAAGUGAGUUGAAGUUAGAGCAUGUUGACGAUGGUACAAAGGUGGAUAUGAGUGAUAAAAGGGAUAUCAAGAGAUCGGAAUGUGAGUUGAAGUUAGAGAAUGUUGGCGAUAGUACAAAGGUGGACAUGAGUGAUAAAAGGGAUAUCAAGAGAUCAGAAAGUGAUUUGAAGUUAGAGAAUGUUGACGAUGGUACAAAGGUGGAUAUGAGUGAUAAAAGGGAUAUCAAGAGAUCGGAAAGUGAGUUGAAGUUAGAGUAUGUUGACGAUGGUACAAAGGUGGACAUGAGUGAUAAAAUUGAGGGUAGAUGUUUACCACCUAAAGUUGAAGGAUUUAAUGAUGUUACAGCAGAGAACGAUGAAACUAUUGCGGUUGAAGUCUUGUCAACUGGUUUUUUAUCAGGAUUUGCUGAAGUAUGUGUUGAUAAUUCAUUUGAUGAUCUUCCUUUGAAAAACAAUUCAAAGGACGAUACAUCCACCAUAAUAUGUGUUGAUGACUUUAUCCAGUCUGAUGAAACUUUAUCGCAAGAAGAAAUCGUUGACAAUUUCCUGAAGAAAGAAAAUGAAAGGAAGAAGACGGAAGAACAACGUCUUGUCAUAUUUAAUGGUCGUGCGACAAAAAAUACAGAAAAUUCCGCUGAUUUUCUACUAAAUCAAGAAGGUCAGAAUAAAAGGGGGCCAAGAAAUGAUACUGAUUUAAGAAGAGCAAGAGAUGACAAAAAAUUGAGCAAUUUUACUCUACAGAAAGAUUCGAACUUGACAUGUUCUAAGUCCUUGUCUAGUCGUCAAACAAAACAAGACUUAUCCUGUGGAAAUAAAAGUGGAAAACGAAGAAAAGGCAAAAGUUCGCAGAGUAUGAACACAAGCAGCACUUCUUGGAGAUCACUUCUUAAUCAUGAAAGAUGUCAGUCAUCUGAGAUCAUCGUGCCUGGCUCAAAUAAAUUUCUCAUGAAAACGAAGCACUACGAAUUAGCAAAAGACUGGAAAGAAGAAAAGGCUGUUCAAUUAUUACCAUCAUUGGCGACAAAGAAACAAGACGCCCCUGAAAAAUACGAAGAUGCCAAGGAACACUUAUCGAGGAAACAGAAAAGCGAACAGGAUAAACUUCAACUAUGCUUAGAACAAGAGAUUAUAAGAUAUUAUAAAAGGAAGGCUUACAAUGAUCGUAAUGAAAUGGAACCACCAGGAGCGUGUAGCAUUAUACAAUGGCAAAUGAUGACAUCACAACAAAUAAAUAACGAGAAAAAAAAGUUGGAGAAACAAGCGUGUGCCUCGAAAGAACAAUUUGGUUCUGGCAUUUACGAUGAAAUAUUUAAGAAGUACGAAAAUAUUAUGAGAGUAAUGACAAUACGACACAAACACGAACAGAAUGCAUUGAAGGCAGUUUUUAAAGUUCGAAUUUAAUUGCAAGUAUUAUUCUGAUUGUGUUGCUAACGUUAUUUGUUAUUGGCUGCAAGUUUACCAAUGUGUGUUCUGGAGAUUAUGACUAGAAGGUUAAAUGUUUCUAUGUUAGAUAAAAUGAAUGGUGUUUUAUCCUUGGUGAUUAUUAAAUUUGAGGCUAAGAUUUUCUUAAGCCUUUUUUAAAACAAUUAAA